CGCUCAUUCAGAUCAGAUCCCCAAAUCUCUCUCUCUCUCUCUCUCUCUCUCUCUCUCUCUCUGUCUCUUAAAAGUCCAUAACUAUGUGCAAGUUAUCUUCUUCUACAACGUCCUGUGAAUACAAUUCAGACCAACCAAACCUUACCUCAACAAAACUACAGGGGGCGGCCGACAUGUUCUCCCCUUUGAUUUCCAAAGACCCAACACCACCUGAACAUCAUCGAAACCAGAAAACCCAGAAAACCCAUCUCUCUCUUGUUGCCAAAGAAGCCAUAUGCAUAGCCAACAUAGCUCUUCCAAUGGUGCUAACAGGUCUAUUACUGUACCUCCGCUCCAUGAUCUCCAUGCUCUUCCUCGGCCGCCUCGACGAGCUUGCUUUAGCCGGCGGCGCACUCGCAAUCGGAUUCGCUAACAUCACUGGCUAUUCAAUUCUCUCCGGCCUCGCCAUGGGAAUGGAGCCGAUCUGUGGGCAGGCCUUCGGAGCCAAAAGAUUCAAACUUCUCGGCUCUACCAUGCAAAGAACAGUGAUUCUGCUUCUAUUAACUUCAAUUCCCAUAUCAGUUUUGUGGCUAAACAUGAAGAAAAUCCUGCUGUUUUGCGGUCAGAAAGCCGAUAUUGCAACCAAAGCUCAAUCCUACAUUCUCUAUUCUCUCCCGGACCUCAUCGCCCAAUCAUUUUUGCACCCUUUACGAAUCUAUCUACGAUCACAAUCCAUUACUCUGCCUCUGACAUUGUGCGCAGCUUUUUCAAUUCUUCUCCACGUUCCCAUCAAUUACUUUCUUGUUUAUGUCCUCAAGCUCGGAAUCAAAGGCGUUGCUCUAAGCGGCGUCUGGACUAACAUCAAUCUCGUCGGAUCAUUGAUCGUCUAUAUUACAUUCUCCGGAGUGUACGAGAAAACUUGGGGAGGAAUAAUUUCUUUUAAAUCCUUCUUCGAUGGCUGGAAAGAUCUCUUGAAAUUAGCCAUUCCAAGCUGCAUUUCAGUUUGUUUAGAGUGGUGGUGGUAUGAAAUCAUGAUUUUGCUAUGUGGGUUGUUGCUUAAUCCACAAGCAACCGUUGCUUCAAUGGGGAUUUUGAUUCAAACGACGGCGUUGAUCUACAUUUUCCCAUCUUCUCUAAGCUUCGGCGUAUCGACAAGAGUUGGAAACGAACUGGGUGCCAACCAGCCGGACAAGGCAAAACUGGCAGCAACUGUAGGCAUCUCCUUCAGCUUCGUGUUAGGAUUUUCGGCAUUGCUUUUCGCUAUAAUGGUGAGGAAGAUAUGGGCCACCAUGUUCACCCAAGACGCCGAGAUUAUAGCCUUGACGUCGCUGGUUUUGCCCAUUAUCGGACUCUGCGAGCUCGGAAACUGCCCGCAAACAACCGGCUGCGGCGUUUUGAGAGGAACGGCUCGGCCGAAAUUGGGAGCCAACAUCAACCUGAGCUGCUUCUAUCUCGUCGGAAUGCCGGUUGCAGUGUGGCUCAGUUUUUACGCAGGGUUUGAUUUCGUAGGGCUAUGGCUCGGCCUUCUAGCCGCGCAAGGCUCGUGCGUCGUGACCAUGUUGUUCGUUUUGUUUCGAACCGAUUGGCACCGUCAAGCCCAGAGGGCUAAUCAGCUGACUGGAGGUACUUCGACCACCAUUGAUGGUGAUGACAACCGACAAGAUGACAGAUUCGACCAUAAAAUUCCGGAUUUUUCCAGUUCAUUAGAUAAAUUAUCUCCAGUUUGAAUUUUUCGUUAAGAUUAAUUCUAGACUAGAUAUUUGUACAAUAUUAUUUUUUCACAUCCCAACAUUAAACAAAUUAAAUUACUUCAA